ACGCUGCAGAGGGACCAAACCCUAAUCCAGGGCGACGCUUGAAGAGAGAGGCGGCGUCCUCGAUGAAGCUCUUUCGCGAGGACCUCGAUUGCUGCUUAGGCCGCGUAAUCCGCCAUCGCCUCGCUUGUGAAGGCGCUCAGCUUUAACCAUGAAGCUCAAUAUCGCUAAUCCCACCACAGGGUGCCAGAAGAAGGUCGAGAUCGAUGACGACGCUAAGCUGCGUCAGUUCUAUGACAAGCGGCUCGCUCAAGAGGUCAGCGGUGACCAGCUCGGAGAUGAGUUUAAGGGAUAUGUCUUCAAGAUUAUGGGAGGAUGCGAUAAGCAGGGUUUUCCCAUGAAGCAGGGUGUGUUGACUCAAGGACGCGUACAGCUCCUAAUGCACCGAGGUGUCUCUUGCUUCCGAGGAUACGGGAGGCGCAACGGCGAGCGUAGGCGAAAGUCCGUUAGAGGGUGCAUUGUGAGUCCCGACCUCUCAGUGCUGAACCUCGUUAUUGUCAAGCAAGGUGAUAAUGACCUUCCUGGGCUUACCGACAUUGAGAAGCCAAGAAUGAGGGGUCCCAAAAGGGCUACCAAGAUUCGAAAAUUGUUCAACCUUACCAAGGAGGAUGAUGUGCGAAAAUACGUGAACACCUACCGCCGCUCGUUUGUAUCUGCUACAGGAAAGAAGCGCAGCAAAGCUCCCAAAAUUCAGAGGCUUGUGACUCCUCUUACUUUGCAGCGGAAGCGCCGAAGAAUUGCUAUCAAGAAGGAAAGAGUUGCAAAAUCGAAGGCCGAAGCUGCCGAGUACCAGAAGCUGUUGGCACUCCGACUUAAGGAACAGCGAGAGCACCGAAGCGAGAGUUUGGCAAAGAAGCGGGCAUCACGUGCCUCUAUUGCCAAGCCCGAAAGCAGUGCUUAAAUUCUCAUGGAUUUUUCUGAAGUAGUUCUUCUGUUCUAGUAAUGCGGGUUCAUAACGUUGUUGACGGCUUCUUUGUACUUCAUCUGAUUUAAUGGAUUUAUUUGUGCCAUUCAAAUCCUUUUA